CAUGCCGUGUCACAUGACAGGGAAGAAACCUUACAGGUCUUCGUUAAAAGAGAGCUCGGGAAUGAUACAAGAAGCUAAAAUGGGUACUACUUGAACUGUUAUACUCUCCUACUUUAUUAAGCGUCUGUGAAGGCAACACAAAUUUACUACGCAUGCGUAUCGUGGUGUGUUUGCCUGAACAAGGAAGCGUACUCGAACAGGAGCUUUUGGCAGGACUUCUUUUGUAAACACAGCUCAUCAAUGGCGUUUGACUGGAUUGGGUUAGGCUAUGCUGCAGCCAUCUUUCUGGGCGGAUACAUGGGAUACAGGAGAAAAGGCAGUGUCAUGUCUCUGAUGGCUGGCAUACUCUUUGGUGGACUGUCUGCUUACGGCGCCUACAACAUCUCCAACAACCCUGCUGACAUCAAGGUGUCGCUUUGUGCUUCCGGGGUACUUUCUGUCGUCAUGGGGACGAGGUACAAGAAAUCAGGCAAACUGAUGCCAGCUGGAAUUAUGACAGUUCUCAGUUUGUUGAUGGUGUUCCGACUGUUGUUCCUGAUGGUGGCGUGACUGACUGACGAGUCUUCAUACAUGAUUCCUACCAAUUUUCGAGAGCAGAGACCAAACAUUUUACCUCCUGACCACUAACAACUUUGUUCAUACAGUUGAAUAUUUUGAUUGACAUGCUACAGGAAGAAGAUGGAUGGAUAUAUUUACAAUUUUUUUCUGCCUUUUUACUACAUUAAAAACAUAAAUAUAUCAGAGUGGUCCUCUUGCUGCUUCGAUUUUUCAGUAUGCGGGUCUCGGUGGAAAAAGUUUAGACACCCCUGUACUACAUUAUUGUCAACUAUUUUUUUGUUGUACCCACCAAACUAAAUAAAUGAUAAAGUGUACAAGUGAUGCAGAACA